UGUUAAAAAACAAAAGCCACAACAACAAAGGAAAAAGAAAUCAUCUAGUGUAAAAAGCAGUGUGAAACGAAAUGAAAUUGUAAACAAGGAACAACAACAACUAAAUGCCAAAGCGACGCAACAACAGCAACAACUGAAGAACUGAAGAACUGACAAACAAACGAACGAACGACGUACAAUACGCUCCAAGCCGCUUUGAAUGUGCGUGGCAAGUUGCAGGCAAAACAAAUCUAAAUUAUAACAGCUACUGCUAUUGGCAACAUUGCGUCUAACGAGCUGGCAACAUACACAACAACAACAACAACACUGGCAACAUGCUGCUGAGGCGCUUACCACACAGCGGCGGCAGCAAGCCAACGCUAAACGGAUUCACAACAACAACAACAACAACAACAUGGCUGCUGCUCUGCCUGGCAUUUGUAACGCAUGUCAGCGCCCAAAUAGAUCACAGCAUCAGCGAGCAUGAGAAUAAAAAUGUGGUGCUGCCAUGUCCGGUGAAUGAGCAAAAAUGCGGCAAGCUGCAUUCACUAAAUUGGUUCAAAGGCGACGAUCGCAUUGUGGCCAUGCUGCUGGAUGAUAGCAAUGCAACAAGUGUGAAUGAGGAAUUUAAAAAUAGAGUAACGGUUGAGCAAAAUCCAUACAGACUAGUUAUUAAGGACUUGAAAAUAUCUGAUGAGGAUAUCUAUCUAUGUGAUACAACAUUUUUUAUACCAGAAGAAACGUGUGAUAACUUCAAUGGCUAUCGUGUCGAAUUGAGAGUCUUAGUGCCACCCACGGAGGUUGUGAUUUUGGACGCAAAGGGCGACCGCAUUGAGAACGGCAGCAUUGUGGGUCCCAUGCAGGAGCGCCAGAGCCUCAAGGCAACAUGCACGGUGAAGAACACACGCCCACAGCCAGAUGUGGGCUGGUGGCGUGGCACGAAGCGCUUGGCAACAUAUUCACCCACACAUGAUCUGCAGGAUGGUCUGUAUACUUCGACGCUUGAGCUGGACUGGGCGCUGUCACGUGAGGAUCUGGCCAAGGAUAUUGAAUGCCGUGUCGAGUCGGCGGCUAUUAAAAGUCCCAUUGUAAAUAAGUUUAGUGUCGAUUUGCAAGUGCGGCCCACAAGGAUAACCAUUACCGGAGUGGAACAUCAUACGGUGCAAGGCAGCAAAGUGGUGCUAACAUGUGACAUUUUCGAUGCGCGUCCUGCAGUCAACCUAACCUGGUAUAAUGCCACAGCGCUUAUAAGUCCUGAGGAAAAUGAUUUAACGGAAAUACGCACCAGAGCGUACGAAAAGUCUGAUGGCACUUUUCAUACACAAUCGGAGCUAAUAUUUAAUGCUACGCGCUUUGAGAACGAUCGUCUGUUUCGCUGUGAGGCCGAGAACAUUGUGCUGCAAAUAAAUCGAGAGAAGCCCAUAGCAGCUGAUUUGACAUUGGAAGUGUUGUAUCCGCCUGUUGUCAAAGUUAGUCCGCCCGAAAUGGUUACCAACACUAGCGAAAUAGUGUUGCUCAAUUGCGAAUAUGUUGCUAAUCCCGCUUCGUUAACACAAGUCGUUUGGUAUCGCAAUGGCGACAUUGUCAACGUCAACGAUACGCAGCGCUAUCAAGGCGGCAAUUCGGAGAAUGUUGCGCUGGUUAUACAGUCGACCGACAAAGAAGAUAUAGGCAACUAUAGCUGCCAGCUGGCGAAUGCUAUAGGCAAAGGCGUGUCCGAGCAGCAAAUUGAUCUUGAUGUGCAGUACAAACCCAUUGUGGAGGUGCAAAUGAUACCCGAGGGUCCUGUGAAGGAAAGCGACGAGUCGAAUGUAACGCUCUUCUGCAAUAUACUGGAUGCAAAUCCCGCUGUGCUCACCAAAGUGCGCUGGUAUGCAAAUUCAACGCUGCUGAAGGAGCUGCCAGACUGUGAGGAGACCAGAGACGAUCUCUGCCAUAUAGACCCAAGCAAAUUGCUGCUAGAAAGCAUUGGACGUGGUUUCUUCUACAAUUACAGCUGCGAGGGUUUCAAUGCCGCUGGCUGGGGACCACGCAGCAAGGAUAAGGAACUAAUGGUGCACUAUGAACCCGGACCCGCAACGCUUGUGCAUUUUCCAGACGUCGGCGUUAAGAAGAAGAGCGUCAGCUUAACCUGCUCGGUGGAGGAUCCGGGCUAUCCGGAAUCCAAUAGAUACCGUUGGCUGCGCGGCGGUCGUGGUCCGCUGCCGGACAUUGUCACCAAGGAGUAUACGGUGGAACCCUUGGGUCUGGACAGUCGCACCAACUACUCCUGCUAUGCGUACAACGAGGGUGGCAAGGGCCAAAUGGCCACCAUCAAUCUGGAUGUGCAUGCACCACCGUUUUUCAUCAGGAAUAUGCAACCCUACACGGGUGUGCUCCACUCCACCAGCAACUUCAAUCUGACCUGUCGCAUCGAGUGUGUGCCACGCUGUGAGAUCUCUUGGCAAAAGGACGGUGUGCCCAUUGAGAAGAACGAUACGCGCUAUUUUGUCAAGGAGCGCUACAUGGAUGCGUCCCCAGCGACGGGAGAUUUCGAGAGCAUGCUCUCGGUGCUGCACUUCAAUUUGUCAAAUUUUCCCAAUAAAAAAUUCGACAUUGCCACGGAUAAUGCCAAGUAUAUGUGCAUAUCGACGCCAAAUGCGGCGGGACCCACAGUCAACAGCACCACCUAUCUAAGCAUUGAGUAUGCGCCCGAUGAUAUAACUGUAUCCGAAACUCUGGUGCAUGUGGAGGAACAUAAUCAGCCAGGACGUGUUAUAUGCAAAUCCCAAGCUAAUCCAGCGCCCCAAUAUGAAUGGAUACUGCCCAAUCAUACAGUUAUACUUGGCAAUACUUUGAGCAUUAAUGAUCCCAUCAAGCGCAAUGAAACGGGAAUUUACAAGUGUCGCGCAUUUAAUAAACAUGGAGAUCGCACUGCAGAUACCAUGAUUGAUGUCCAAUUUAAGCCGCGCUGUGAAAUUGAGCGACUGGAGAUUGAUGAUCAGGAUACGCUUAUAUGCACAGCCUUUGGCAAUCCGGUUGAGGCCGAUUUCGCUUGGUCCAUUAAAGCCGAAAAUGAAACUGUCGAAGCUCUGGGCAGUGGCGACAAGAAGAACUAUGCGCACAAGAGUUUCUAUACACUGCAGGAGGAUUAUGCAAUUGCCAGGACCUAUCGCUGCAUGGCCAACAAUACUGUUGGCCAAGGCGCUGUCUGUGAACUGGAAGUUGCUGAACAAUUGGCUUGGUGGCAGCGCUGGGACAAGACCACAUUCUUUAUUAUACUGGCCAUCAUAUUGAUACUGCUGCUGGCUGUCAUCAUCAUUUGCUGCAUUAUCAUUUGCAUCUGUCGUCGCCGUCGGCGUCAGGAUAAAUUACACGACAAGUCGUCUUCACUGGGGGAUCCAUUGACGGAACCUGGCGAGUAUGAGAAUCUACCGUUUCAUGGUCUGCAAACGGCACCUAACAAGUUCUCUACUACCCCUACAAAUUUUAAUAACAACACAAAUGUGGUGCGCGUCGCACCACGACCCAAGAGACUCAAUGGAAAUAUUGGUCAAGUCAUGAGCAACCAGCAGCAGCAGCAGCAGCAGCAACAUCACCAGACUCUACAGCAUCCGCAUCCUCAACACUACUACGACAAACAGCUGCAGCAGCAGCAGCAACAGCAGCAUCACAAUCAGCAGCAGCAACAGCAGCAGCAGCAACACCAGCAAUACAACACUUUGCAGUACGGGCGUGGCUGCAUAGCCCCGCCCACUCUAGCAGCAGCACAUAAUCGCAGCCUGGAUCAGCUGGAAAGCAGCUCCGAACGCCUGCAAUACAAUCUAAGCAAUGUCUUUCCCAAAAGCUACACCGAGUACUAUCAGCAACAUCAGCAGCAGCAGCAGCAGCAAACACAGCAGCAGCCACAAACCCAGCAGCAGCAGCAGCAGCAAAAGUUUCACACCAACUCCGCUUCCAAUGCGCAGCUGCUCAAUGCCAUUGAGCAUGACUAUCAGCCCACCUAUGCAGUGGUGGAGCGUGUGCCGCCGCCGCCGCCAGCGCCCAGCUCAGCGCUGCUCAAUACGAAUCCCUUUCUGGCCGCCAGCAACUUUAAGAAAUACGAUGCAGCCGGCGAGGAGCUGCUGGGAAGCAUGCAACGCAGCAAGCGCGGCAAGGCGGGCAGUCUGCUGGAACGCAUGGACAUUGACAAGAAGUUCUACUCGUUGAAGUUUCCCAAUGGCAACGGCAACAAGUUGAAGAAGCCCGCCUACAAUCUAAACGCUUCGCUGGGCGUGCCUGCGACUGCGACGGCGACGGCGACGCAAAAGUGCAAGCGGCAUCAUUCCUUUGCUGGCGGUAGCCAUGGCGAUAUUGACAACUUGGCUGGCAAGCCCAUGCGUCCGUACGAUCCGCCCGUCUAUGAGAAUGUGGCGGACAAGUGCGGCGCCGACUACGAAUUGGAUAUGGGCAACGACGGCAGCAGCAGCAGCGCCAGCAAUCAGCAUCCGCAUUCGCAUCUGAAUCACAAUUUGGCCACGGUGCAGUUGCAUACGCAGCCAACAGCAGCAGCAACAGCAGCAGCAGCCGCAGCAGCUGCUGUCGUCGUCAGUGGAGGCCACAAGAAGAAACAUCACCAUCGCCAGCACCAGCAAAAGGCUGAUGCAUCCGCCGCCGUCGCCGGCGCCGACUUUCAGCUAAUGGAGCCCGAACGCCUCAGCAUUUAUCGCAGCGAUUCGGGCAUCUCCAACAGCAGCUACGAGUCGCAGCUGCCCACAGCCGCACAGCUGGGCCAACGCACGCCCAAAGCACACAAGAACGCCGCCCCCGGACUCAAUCUGCAACGCAAACCCGUCUACAUGAACAUGGAGCAGCAGCAAUCGUCGACGUCAGCAGCAGCAGCAGCACGCGCCGGCUCGCCAGCUCACAAUAUACAUUCGUCCUAUGAGUCUGGCUCAUCCGCACCCAUUACAGAUCCCACCUCGCUUAGCUCCAGCAAUUCGCUAUACAGCAGCGGCACUGGUACAGUCAGCACUCGCUGCAAUCGCCAUCAGCAGCAGCAGCAGCAGCAGCCAAAGCCCGAAAUCACAACACCCGAGGACUACGAGCAGUACCAGCUGGGCCAUCAGCCCGCCCACUCCGCCUCCAUGCUCUCCGUUGCCAGCAGCGUGAGUGCCGCCAGUCGUGGCAAGUGCAAGCCCUCGCCAACAAUUGCUGCCCAGCAGCAGCAGCAUCAACAGCAACAGCAGCAGCAGCUGCAGCUUCGCUUGGGCACACAUGAGCCAACACAAUUGCCGGCGCCUAAUCCAUUUUUAGCACUUAAGCGGAAUAACAACGGCGACGGCAACGUCGGCAGCGGCAGCAGUGGCAGCGGCAGCGUUGCCUGCAGCAAGAAAUUACGACGACAGACCAUCAGUGACCCCUGCGCACAUAUCAAACGGCAUUAUGCCGACGAUGCCAAUGCCACUAAUGCCAACAGCAAUCGCAGCACAGAAGCCUCUGCUGCCCACGGUGAUAGCGCCAAAUCCACGCCAGCAACGUCAACAGCAGCAGCAGCAGCAGCGACAGAGCAGCAAACAAGCGGCAGCAAUGGGCAUGGGCUUGAAUUUGGGAAUGGGCGUGGGGGCUGGAGUGGCAAUCAUCAACAACAAAUGCUAAUGCCAAAUGAAUUGCGGCUGCAGGCAAACACUCGAUUAGACUGCAAUCAGAAUUUAAGAUAUGUGCCGCCCAUGCCGCCCCAGCCCCAGCCACGCCCACUCGACAGCAGUGCGGGCGCCUACGAUUGCCUGGUGGUGCGUCGGCCAAUGCGGCUGCCAUUGCGCAAACAUCACACCUUCCAUUUUCAGAGCACACAAACAGCCAACGGCAAAUUGCAGCAGCUGCGCCAACAACUUCAAGAGCAGCAACUCGAACGACAGCAGCAGCAGCAGCAACAGCAGCCCGGUCCACUCAUCUAUCGUCCAUUGGCGCUAAGUGAGCAGCAUGCCUUUAAGCCAAUUUCGCCAACACCUGCAACAGCAACUGAAUACGAAAAACGCGAGCAGCAGCAGCAGCAGCAGCAGCAGCAACACAACAGCAGGCAGCAUGCUGCUGAUGAAGAAGAAGACCUGGGCUACUCCUUCUGCGAGGAAGAAUACAUGUGGAUGAGACGAACGAUGAGGAAGGAAGGAGGAGCAAGAGCAGCCCCCCACAACGCCGCACAUAGCGCUGCCGUUGCAAAUGCCACAGCGGGCGCUUUGCGAUACUUUAUGACGCAAAGUUAUCGCGAGGUGCACAUUUAAAAAUCGAUAAACGAUAAAUGUCAGUUAGACAGGCCUAAACGACGCAUACAAGGUAUAUCUAGUACAUAGAGUUGAUAGUGGAGGGAGCGUUUAGAUUUUAGCAUAAAAUACACACAUACAUUGGCAUAAUUAUAGCUUAAACUAAUACAACUUAAAUACUUAUAUACUAAACAUAUAUGCAAUAGUUUAUAGCCACAACAAGAACAUUCAGCAAAAGGUUCUCAAUUCGUUCAUAGCUAGAUAACAAUUUUUGAAAUCGAACUGCCAACUUUUUGCAUUAUUCAUUAGGACUGCAACGCAACGCAACUGCUGCGCAUUUUCUCUUAGUGUACAUAGCUAGUUUAAAUGUUUAAGCAUAAUAUAUGCAUAUUGAUAUUGUAUCCAAAGCACACAAGCGAAACACUCGAAGCAUAUUUAUUUAUGUAUAUGAAUACUUAGGCAUUAAUUAAGCAUUAAGACAACUCUGACUGUAUGUGUGUUAAGUUUGAAGUAGUUUUUGUGUAAAGCAUAGUUAUUAAUAAUUAAUUAGUAAUUGUAAGCGCAUACGAUACGAUACGAUAAGCCAAUUUAUUUAUUCAAGUGGGCAAUAAUUUAUUUAUUUUACGUUUAAGCCAAGCAAUACACCAAAGUGUUUACUUUCACUCAUCCACAUCAGCUAACACCCCAACAACAUUUUAUUUUUCUACUCAAGUGUGUACUUAAUUCCAAUUAAAAA